AUGAGGAGUAGCAGUAAUAAAAUACAUAUGGCAUAAUUUGGUCAACAAGGAAAUUCCAAUAUGAAUUGGAAGUGUAACAAAUAAUAAAAGAGUCAACAAUACCAAAAAUAACAACAGCGGACUUGAGCUGUGAAAACUGUUGCUUAUGGUUUUUAUUCACUGUUUCUUUGUUUUGAACUUCCCCUUCCUUUAACAAUGGCGUUUUGACCCCUCCCUAUCUCUCUCUCUCUCUCUCUCAGUCUUCUGGGUUUUUCCUAUUCCUCUUUCUCUCUCUCUCCUUCAAGUUGCUGCAAUCCCUUGAAAACCCAAUAAACCCCCAAUUUUCCAUUUCUCAUAAAGUUCACAUUUUUCCUUCUUCUUCUUCUGCCAAUUCUCUGAUUCCCUCGUUUCAAUCUCCGUUUUGCUUUGCCUAUCAGAUAAAUUUCUUCUUGCUUUCCUUUCUAUCUCAUAACGAUAAGUUGAAUUAAUCUUUGCGUCUUAGUUCAUCAGUAGAGAGAGUAGGGUUUUUUCCGCUUAUUUUUAGGGAAUUUCAUUUUGUUGGAGGUGAGAAUCUCUAUUCGAGUCCCCAAGAUUCUCUUUAUAUCCCUAGUUUAGUUGUAUGGUUGGGUUUUGAUUGGAAUAUCAAGGGGUAGUUUUUAGCUAGGUUCACUGAUACUUGGAAGAUCUGAGUUCUUUGGGAUUCUGUUAAGUUUGUGGAGAUCUAAAAGACACGAAAUUUGUAGAAAUCUGGUUGAUAUCCCAGACUUUUAGAGGGAUUAGGGUAGAUUCUAUAGAAUUUGAGGCGGGUUUGAUUGGAAUUAUGACGGUGGAGGAAGUUAGUGAUGGUUCUGUGUGGAGUAGGGAGGAUGAUAUUGCCUUUGAGAGAGCUCUAGCCAAUAAUACCGAUGAAUCAGAGGAACGGUGGGAGAAGAUUGCUGCAGACGUUCCAGGCAAAAGUGUUGAACAGAUUAAAGAACAUUACGAGCUUUUAGUUGAAGAUGUUACUAGGAUUGAAUCAGGAUGUGUGCCUCUUCCUGCCUAUGGGUCUCCUGAAGGAUCGAAUGGCCAUGCUGGUGAUGAAGGAGCAAGUAGUAAGAAAGGAGGUAACAGUCAUGCGGGAGAGUCUAACCAAGCAGGUAAAUCAAAGUCCGAUCAAGAACGACGAAAGGGUAUCGCGUGGACAGAAGAUGAGCACAGGUUAUUUCUUCUUGGUUUGGAUAAGUACGGGAAAGGUGAUUGGCGUAGCAUUUCUCGCAACUUUGUAGUAACAAGAACACCGACCCAAGUUGCGAGCCAUGCUCAAAAGUAUUUCAUUCGUCUAAAUUCAAUGAACAAAGACAGAAGGCGAUCAAGCAUUCACGACAUCACUAGUGUUGGCAACGCAGAUGUCUCAACGCCACAAGGACCAAUCACUGGUCAGAACAACAGCAAUAACAACAACAACAACAACAACAACAACAGUUCUCCUGCUGUUGCUGGAGGAGGAAACAAAUCAGCCAAGCAAGCCGUCUCUCAAGCACCACCUGGACCUCCUAUGUAUGGAACACCCGCCAUAGGUCAGCCAGCAGUUGGAACACCAGUGAACCUCCCAGCUCCACCUCACAUGGCUUAUGGAGUUCAUGCGGCUCCAGUCCCUGGCUCAGUGGUUCCUGGUGCAGCAAUGAACAUUGGUCAAAUGCCGUACACCAUGCCGCGUACACCAACGGCUCAUAGGUAACUCGAAAGCACCUUUGCUGUCAUAGUGCACUUUGUUUUUAGGUGUAAGAAAGAAGAUGUGUAAAGGAUUUAGUGAAUAUUCAAGCUUGUUCCUUGAGUGAGUUUUUUUUAUUACUUAGUUUGUGGGGAUUUUGUAUGAGGUCCGAAUAAGAUAUGAAGAUGACAUGAUUAGUUUCCAGACUCGAGAAGCAAAAAUACUCCUGUUUGUAUGUGAACACAAUAAAGCCUCUGUUAUGAGACUUACAACAAAGCAACAUUGUAUAUCUUGUUCUCACAUUCAACAAUCUCUUUGAAUUAUCAACUGCAACGUGCAAUUCCUUAUUUUGA